GGCUCCCGCGGCGCUGGGCGGAGCCAGGGCCAGUCCGCCCCGCGCACAGGUGAGCGCGACGGGACGGAACUAAGAGAAGCUCGUGCCAGCCGCUCCGAAUCACGGGCCACAUUCGCUUUCCCCGCCGAGACCGAGGCGCCGCGGAGCCAUGGCCGGCCUGAACUGCAGGGUCACGGUCGCACUGCUGGGGGUCCUGCUGCUGGGCGCUGCGCGCCUGUCCCGCGGAGGGGAAACUUAUGAGAUUGCUCUGCCACAUGGAAGCAACAUUACAGUCCUUAUAAAGCCUGGGGUCCCAACUCUGCCAGCGAACGUAUGUAGCAUCAUUUCUAAAAAAUGGGUAACCUCAUUGUCCAUCAAAGCCGGAGAGACAGCAGUCUUUUCCUUUAGCUGCCGGGAUCCAGAGAAUCACUUUGUUAUCGAGAUCCAGAAGAAUAUUGACUGCAUGUCAGGUCCAUGUCCUUUUGGAAAGGUUCAUCUUCAGCCCUCAACGUCGGUGUUGCCCACCCUCAACAGAACCUUCAUCUGGGAUGUCAAAGCUAACAAGAACAUCGGUCUAGAACUGCAGUUCUCCCUCCCUCGCCUGAGGCAGAUCAGGCCGGGGGAGAGCUGCCCUGAUGGAGUCACUCAUAGCAUCAGCAGCCGCAUUGGCGCCACGAUGGUCAGGAUCGGAACCUUCUGCAGCAACGGCACUGUGUCCCGGAUCAAAAUGCAAGAGGGAGUGAAAAUGGCCUUGGACCUCCCGUGGUUCCUCAACAGAAAUGUCUCCGGCUUCAGCAUCACAAACCGGUCGUCUAUAAAACGCCUGUGCAUCAUCGAAUCUGUGUUUGAAGGUGAAGGCUCAGCCACCCUGAUGUCUGCCAACUACCCGGACGGCUUCCCCGAGGACGAGCUCAUGACGUGGCAGUUCAUCAUCCCUGCGCACCUGCGGGCGAGCGUCUCCUUCCUCCACUUCAGUGUCUCCAACUGCGUGAAGAAGGAGGAGCGGGUUGAGUACUGCAUCCCAAGCUCCACCACCAACCGCGAGGUGUUCAAGCUGCAGGACAAGCAGCCUGGGAACAUCGCCGGGAACUUCAACCUCUCUCUGCAGGGCUGUGACCAAGAUGUCCAAAAUCCAGGCAUCCUCCGGCUGCAGUUUCAAGUAUUGGUCCAACAUCCACAAGAUGAAAGCAAUAAAACCUACGUGGUUGACUUGAGUAACGAGCGAGCCAUGUCGCUGACCAUUGAGCAACGGCCCAGCAAACUGAGCCGCAAAUUUGUCCCCGGCUGCUUCGUGUGUCUGGACUCUCGGACCUGCAGCACCAACCUCACCCUGACAGCUGGCUCCAAACACAAUAUCUCCUUCCUUUGUGAUGAUCUGACACGCCUGUGGAUCAACGCCCAGAAAACCAUAAGCUGCCUGGACCACCGGUACUGCCACAGGAAGUCCUACUCGCUCCAGGUGCCAUGGUACAUCUUCCAGCUGCCUGUGCAGCUGCACGACUUCUCCUGGAAGCUGCUGGUGCCCAAAGACAGCAUCAGCCUGGCACUGGUGCCUGCCCAGAAGCUGCAGCAGCACACUCACGAGAGGGUCUGCAACACCAGCUUCAGCUACCUCGUGGCCAGUGCCGUUCCCGGCCAGGACCUUUCCUUCGGCUCCUUCUGCUCUGGAGGCUCCAUAGAGCAGAUUCAGGUGAAGCAGAACGUCUCGGUGACCCUCCGCACCUUUGCCCCCAGCUUCCAGCAAGAGGCCUCCAGGCAGAGCCUGGCCGUGUCCUUUAUCCCCCACUUCAAAGAGGAAGGUGUUUUCACAGUGACCCUGGACACGAAAAGCAAGGUCUACCUGAGGACCCCUAACUGGGACAGGGGCCUACCAUCCCUCACCUCCGUGUCCUGGAAUAUAAGCGUUCCCCAAGACCAGGUGGCCUGCCUGACCUUCCUCAAAGAGCGGACGGGCCUGGUCUGCCAGACAGGGCGUGCGUUCAUGAUCAUCCAGGAGCAGUGGGCCCACACCGAGGAGAUCUUCAGCCUGGAGGAGGAGGUGCUGCCCAAGCCAAGCUUCCGCUAUCACAGCUUCUGGGUCAACAUCUCCAACUGCAGCCCCAUGAGCAGGAAGCAGCUGGACCUGCUCUUCUGGGUCUCGCUUACCCCAAGGACCAUGGACCUGACUGUCAUCAUCCUCACGGUGGUGGGAGGUGGCGCCUUACUGCUGUUUGCCCUCGGACUCAUCGUUUGCUUUGUGAAAAAGAAUAGGAAAAAGAAGAUCAACAAGGGCCCAGCUGUAGGUAUCUACAACGGUAACGUCAAUACCCAGAUGCCGAUGCAGCCAAAAAUCUUUCAGAAAAGACAGACGGACAACGACUCCCACGUGUAUGCCGUCAUCGAUGACACCAUGGUGUACGGGCAUCUGCUGCAGGAUUCCAAAGGGUCCUUCCUCCAGCCAGAGGUGGACACCUACCGGCCCUUCCAGGGCCCCACAGGGGACUGCCCUCCUUCCCCACCCCCCGUAUGCUCCAGGGCUCCAACUGCAAAGUUGACCGAAGAUGAGCCAUCCUCUGGCUUCCUUUCUGAGUCUGAGAGUGAAUCGUACACCUUCUCCCACCCCAAAGACAGGAAUAUAAGCAAUGGGAACACAGACCUUCCCUUGCUAGAAACCUACGAGACCAUGGAGCCUGGGGAGUAACUUGGACCCACCCCAAAGACUCCACAUAAAGCAGGGCACUGAGAUGCCCUUUAGGGUUCCCACCCAGAAAUCCCGAAGAAGAGGAAUUGUGUGGAAGGGUAGCAGGAGGUUUUUCUGGAUGCCACCAACUUCUGAUUUCCAAGUGGACUCAUUCCAAUGCUGAGACAUUGAAAAUGAUGAAUUGUGAUCUGGAUACAAUCAUCACGGUGAAUGUCCUUCUGAACUCAGGUUGGGUUGUAACCAGUCCAUAAUGAGAGGGGAGAGGCUGAAUCACGCAGGACAGGGAUACAAUGAGCCCUGGAUUUGGAUUUGCAUUUGGAUUUAGACUUCUUCAGGUUGACAGUGCCAACCCCUAGGAGCCCACGGAGACCCUUGCUCUCACUGGGGUCCCCUGUAUGGAAAUGUCAGUGCGCUUUAUUAUUAUUAUUAUUUA